AUGCACUCGCGAAUUCGCCCCCCAGAUUCUCCAUUCAUCUGCAGAAUUUCACAGAAUAGGCUAAUCCAUUCAUGUUCAUUCUCCUUGGCUGUACCGAUUUCCAGACCCCGCAAAACUAUAGUCUCCUUGUUCGCCUCCUACAGUAAGAUUGAUCAGCCGAUUCCGGCCACUACCCAAAUAUCAGGAACUGAAGCAUAUAACGUCAAAUUUCAGACCUUGCCAUCUUGCAAGCUGGGUAUCUCUAGAUACCCGGAUUUUGAGUACAAUGCUCAAGGGGGUGCCGGCACUGGGACAGGUUCGAAAAGCAAUGAAGGGAAUAUCAUAAAUGUUAAUUUCGACGUGAACACACUCUAUAUUCCUCCAUUGACAACUGCCACCACUAGAUUCUUGGGACUACCAUUGCCACCUUUUCUUAAAAUUGAUAUAGCUCCUGAGGCAUUCAAAGGAACCAUCAAUCAAGAUACUGGCAAGGUUGAUCUUGAGUUCAAAGCCAAGUUCCUGUUUUCAGUAGGGAACCUUUACAAAGCUCCACCUUUGCUGGUGGGCACAGUUUUAACAUCAGAAGAAUCAAAAGGGGUUUUAAGAAGUGGAAGGGGGGAAAGAUUAGACAAAGAAGGUAAAUGCCGGCUUGUCGGAGUAGCCACUGUUCAACCAAUUGACGACGGCUUCAUGAACUUAUUCCUUGGCCUACCGACUGAGUGCCUAGCCAAGAUGAAUGCUGUCAUCUCCAUAUCCACUGUGUAG